AUGUACUGGCCGACUGGCGCGCCGAAUGUCUAUGCCCUAACAAAGCAGACCAUCCCGAAGUCAAGAGUUACGCGGUCAGAAGAUGGACUGGAUACUGACGUCGCUGCAAGUCCCGACGCUGCGACAAGCAGCAAUGGCUCCCAGUCAAACGUGAACGGGAUUCGAGCCAAAUCGCGUGGAGAACCGGGAGGGCUGGAUCACGAGCAUACGAAUGGGAACGGCAUUGGAGGUGCGGGUGAGGAUUCGAAUUCUGUAUUUGAGGAUAAUGAGAUACUGGACGUCAAAGUCUCGCGUGGUGGCAGCGUUUUUGUCACCAUCACACGCUCGUCUCUGACAAUCUGGCAAACAAAGCCGACUGUCGCAUUGGCUACUGUCGUGCGUUCACCGAGCUCCAUCACGACCUACGGUCCGAAUACUGCCUUGCUCCUGCGCCCAGACGCCUUGAUCAUUGUCCUGCAAACAGCACUUGGCUAUCUGAUCACAUACUCCCUCUCUACGGAUCCCACUGCGCGGGUGUAUCAGACUGUGCUUCCCGAAUCUGCCAAACACUCCCGGCGUCCAAGCGCAGAAGGCUACAGCAACUUCAGGAAGCCUAGCAUUGCAUCUGUCGGGGUGGUGCCAGGCGAGGGUGAUGGCAUUCGCGAAGUGAACAUCCGCUUUCGGAUGGUCAUCCGAAUCGAUGCCGGGAUUAGCAAGGCAGUUGCGCUGGAUGAUGAACUCAUCGUUGCCACACAGAAGCCUCAGGCUUUGCAAUGUAUCAAGUGGGUAGCAGAAACCGGAACUUCCCAAACAAACACCGAGCUGAUAAGCCGGAUGCCGUGGGUGGGCAGGAAAGUAGGCGUGACGGAGAUGCUGCAUGACCGGCCAAUGAACCUUACCACUUGGAUCACGGAUGACGGGCGAGCGUUUGCCGUACAGCGCCGUACGGGCAGUAAUAUUGACGCUGAAAACACCAGAGCUCUGUUCCACGGCUUCUGCUUCCGUGAGCCGGACAACGACGGAGAAGUUGCCAUCAAAGUGGCGGUGAAUGCAAGGUUCUCCCUGAUCGCCAUUGGAUGCGUGAAUGGGCAAAUCGACGUGUAUAUCGUCAAGGACUACGUCGGCAACAUUCCCCUUUCUCACAAAGUCGGACUGCACGUCGCGUCGACUACCACUGGAAGGCUGACCUGUCUUUUGUACUCUCCUGAUGGAUACUGUCUGUUUGCCGGCUACGAGAACGGAUGGGCUCUCUGGACGGUCUAUGGCAAGUCCUGCGGUAGUUCUUUCAGUGCGGACCGUGAUCAAUCUCAGCUAAACGAUGAGAAAUGGUUGCGCGGAGUCAAGAGCGCAUUCUGGGGAGGCGGUGGCUGUGAGCUAGCACUGUUGCCACAGUCUGACAAUCGUAUUUGGAUCCUAGACAUUGCGCGAAACGCGACUGCUGGUUGUUUCUCGCCCGCAAACAUUUCUCGGGGCUUGCUGCAUUCUAGCAACAGCGUCAUGAUAUACAAAGGACAUGAGGUGGCAGAUGUGACUUCCCUGCCAUCCGAUAUGCCAAUGUGGCAAACAGUCCAGGUCCCGCACCACUAUCUCGUGCAUCAAUGGCCGAUCAAAGCCGCGGUGGCAUCGCCUGAUGGGAAGUACAUUGCAGUGGCAGGCCGUCGUGGCCUGGCACACUAUAGUGUUUCGAGCGGUAGAUGGCGUACAUUUGAUGAUCCGCAAGCCGAACAAGAGUUUGCCGUACGCGGCGGCAUGUGCUGGCACCAAAAUGUCCUGAUAGCAGCCGUGGAGGCCAACGGCCGCUACGAAGUCAGGCUUUAUUCUCGCGAGAAGUCACUCGAUUAUGCGAACAUACAACAUACGGAGCAGCUUUCCGCCCCUGCAAUUUCGACCACUGUAUCUGGUGUCGACUCGCUGCUUGUGUACACAUAUGACAACACAUUGCUACACUACAUCAUCGUCAGCGAAGCAUCUUCGAGUAAGCUGGUACAGGUCGGGCAAAUUGGCUUCCACGGAAUCAUCAGAGCGCCACCGCGCGUUCGAUCAAUAAGCUGGAUAUUGCCUGAGGAUCAGCUGGAGCACGGUGAUCCUUCCCAAGACGUUGCUACGGCGUCGGUCUUGUUCCUGGUUGAYGGCAAAUUGGUACUUUUGCAACCGUCGACAAACGAGCUCGGAGAGCUCAAAUACGACAUGCGGGUGAUUGCCCAAAACGUUGAGUACUACACGCUUCUUCGUGACAACCUGGACGUCGCUGCAUCGCUGGGGAAUAACGAGCCCAGCACGGCUAAAAGCAUGAACAAUCUGUCACUGAAUGGCCAUCUUGGUCAUAGUCUGCGCGAUUCUUUGUGGUACUUUGACGGCACAGGUUUCAACGUCUGGUCUGACAUACAAGAUGUCAUGGCGUCCGCUCCAGCCGAGCUCGGUAGGGAACUUCCCUCUGCCGUUUCCAUACCACUUGACUUUGCACCCUUGUCCGCGGUCGUUGGGAAAGGUAUAAUCUUGGGACUGGAAGCCGACCUUGUGCAGCGGAGAGAUGUUAAUUUCAGCUACUUUCGCCAUGCCCCAAGAACGCAGCUCUUCCUUCCCCAGCUGCUUCGGUACCAUCUCACAGAGUUCAACUCACCCGCGGCUCUGCACCUCUCCAAUUCCUAUCAGCAUCUUCCAUACUUUUCGCACGCAUUGGAGGUGCUUCUGCACGUGGUUCUUGAUACUGAGGUCGAUAACCCACCAUCUCCGCCAGAAACCGCGCUGUUGCCAACAGUGCUAUCCUUCCUCUCCUCAUUCAGCUCCUACCUGGAUGUUGUGGUAAAGUGCACACGAAAGACGGAACUUCGAAGCUGKCAGACUCUGUUCACAUAUCUUCCACCUGUACUGGAGCUCUUUGAGCAAUCUCUGGCGCAGGGCAAGUUACACACAGCAGCAGGUUAUCUCCUCGUGUUGCACGCGUUCGAAGAAGACUCGUUCCAAAUCAAUGAGUUCGCACAACUCUUCCAGCGGGCGGGUAGAGAGCAAGACUGGGAGCUGUGCAAGGAGUUGGCUCGCUUCCUGGUCGGUAUUGACUCCACUGGCGACAUUUUGAGUUCUGCUCUGGUCGAAGCCGGACUAAGCAGCGCCUCUUCUUAUGAGGCAGACGUAUCGAUGAGUGGCUCGGGUCGACAGGGCAUUGACUACUUUUCCAUGGAGCGGAAUUGA